AUGGACAAACAACAAAAUGGCAUACUGUGUUUCCAUCUUAUGUGGGUACAAAGACGACGCCAAAUUGCAACUCUAGUCAUUCUCCUUGCUGUGUAUUGGUUUAAGCGUAAAAAACGUAGAAACUAUGUAGAUAAACCUAUUACACAAUCAGAGAUUGAAAGACAAAUAACACGGGAUAAACUAAUGAACGAGCUUAGGGUAAGUGAGAAAUGUCGUAACAUUACUCGUAUGGGACCAGAAGCUUUUCAAAAUUUCUGUGAGAUGCUUAUAAGAGAUGGUGGUCUUCGACCCAUAAAACGUGCAAGUGUUGAAGAACAAGUUGCUAAAUUUCUGCACAUUAUAUCACAUAAUGUGAGGAAUCGGACAGUGUCAUUUUUCUUUUGUCGCUCUGGUGAAACCAUAAGCCGUCAUUUUCAUAGUGUGUUAAAAGCAGUAAUCUCAUUGGAAGGACAGUUCCUCAAGCAACCUAGUGGAUUGGACGUCCCCCCAGAAAUACUCAAUAACGAUAGGUUUCAUCCAUAUUUCAAGAAUUGCAUUGGGGCAAUUGAUGGAACACACGUUCGUGUGAAAGUAUCUAACGAAGAUGCACCCAGAUAUCGUGACUCAAGAGUUAUGGCUAGUGCACUAAAAAGACAAGGAGAUAAAUUAAUACUUCCGGAAGGAAAAUUUUAUCUUGCUGACGCCGGGUACCCAUUAAAGGCUGGACUUAUCAUGCCUUAUAAAGGUGUGCGCUAUCAUUUAAAAGAAUAUGCCUCACGCCGACCAGAGAAUCCUAGAGAGUUAUUCAACCUUCGACAUGCAUCAUUGCGUAAUGUUAUUGAGAGAAUUUUUGGUGUGUUGAAGAAACGAUUUCCUAUCAUAGGAAGCAGUACUGAACCAACAUAUGAUGUUAAAACUCAAGUUGAUAUCAUUUUAGCUUGUUGCAUCAUACACAAUUAUUUAAUGGGUAUGGAUCUGGAUGAAAGCCUUUUUAAUGAAGUAGAUCGGGAGCUCUUAAAUGAAACUCCACAUAAAGAGCAUGAUAUAAGAAUGGGUAAUCAAUUAAACAUAAGUGGUGGGUCGAAGAGAGAUAGAUGUGUUUGGACUGCACAGAUGGAUGAUAUUUUUGUAGAUGCAUUGCACAAUCAAUUUGUGAAGGGGAAUAUGAUUGAUGGUACAUUUACAACAAAAGCUUACAGUGAGAUUGUUGAUGAAUUGAAAGAAAGAUUAGGUAUCGAUAUCAACAAAGAUAAAGUGAAGAAUCGAUUGAAAACAAUAAAGAAAACAUUUAACGAGUGUUUUGACUUAUUCAAAACUGGUUUGAGUGGGUUUGCUUGGAGUGAAGCAACAAAAAUGUGGUAUGCUGAACCUGAAUCAAAUCCAGCAGCGGUGAAAUGGAAAACUACUCCAAUUUGCAACUAUGAUAAGUUGCUAGAUUUAUUUGGCAAGGAUAGGGCAACUGGGUCUAAUGCAGCCACUGCUAAGGAGAGGAUUAAUGAUUAG